AUGCACGAUAACUCAGACUUAAAUAAAGAUCACCAUAUCUACAGGGUGUACAUAUCUCUGCCACGCCAAUCAUAUCUAUCUAUCUAUCUAUCUAUCUAUCUAUCUGUUUGUCUAACAAGGAGAUUUCAGAUAGGUCUCCAAUUCUGGGCGAGAGAUGCACGAUGGCAUGGCGCUAAAGAAACAUCGCCAUAUUUACAGGAUGUAGACAUCUUCGCCACUCUAUCUAUUCCUAUCUAUCUAUCUAUCUAUCUAUCUAUCUAUCUAUCUUAUUUUCUUUUUCCUUCUUUCUUUCUUUCUUUCUUUAUCAAAUCAUAUCUAUCUAUCUAUCUAUCUAUCUAUCUAUCUAUCUAUCUAUCUAUCUUAUUUAUAUCUAUACUUCCCAUUGUUGAUAUCUAUCUAUCUAUCUAUCUAUCUAUCUUUACACACACAUAUAUCUAUAUACAAACCAGUUUUCUUUUUCCUUCUUUCUUUCUUUCUUUCUUUCUUUCUUUCUUUCUUUCUUUAUCAAAUCAUAUCUGCCUGUCUGAAACCGCUACCAAUUUUUCUGAAAAUUUUUUGAUCUAUCUAUCUAUCUAUCUAUCUAUCUAUCUAUGUCUGUCUUUUUUCUUUCUGUUUUGCUUUCCUACUUUUCUUUUUCUUUUUUUUCUUUUCUGUUUAUUCAUUUUCGAUCGUUCUUUCUUUGGGAUGUUUCUUUUUUCUAUCACUUUUUUUCUUUGUCUUCUCUUUUCUUACUUUUCAGUUGAUUUUUUGUAUUUUUUUUCCAUUGGUUUUUACUCUUCUUUCUUUUUUUUAGUGUUUUUCUUUUUUUUUUUCUCUUUUAAAAAGUUUUUUUUCUUUCUAUUCAUGAUAUCUUUAAAAACAUUUUUCUUUCUUUUCUCUUUUAUUUUUGUUACAAUCGACCUCUUUGUAAAAAGUUUUUUUUUUUCUUUUCAGUUUUCAAUUUUUGUUGCAAACGAAAAAAAAAAAGUUUUCCUUUUUUGUUUUUCUCAAGUGAUAUCUUUAAAAACAUUUUUCUUUCUUUUCUCUUUUAUUUGUUACAAGCGACCUCUUUUGAUAUCUUUAAAAACAUUUUUCUUUCUUUUCUCUUUUAUUUGUUACAAGCGACCUCUUUGUAAAAGGUUUUUUUUUUCUUUCUUUUCAGUUUUUUGCAUUCUCAUUAUUUCUUACUUUCAUUAUUUCUCCUUUUGCUACUUUUGUUCUUUCUUUUCUUUUGGUGAAUUUUCUUUUUUUUUUUUUGCAUUUGGCCAUUUUUUCUUUUCUCUUUUCAAUAUUUUUUACAAUUUUCAUUUUAGUCGCCAUUUUCGUUUUUUGUUUCCUUUCCUUCUUUCUUUUUCUCUUUCAUUUUUUUCAAUCAUAUCUAUUUCAGUCUUUCAUAUCUAUCUAUCUAUCUAUCUAUCUAUUCAUCUAUCUAUCUAUCUAUCUAUCUAUCUAUAUAUCUAUCUAUCUAUCUAUCUAUAUAUCAUCUAUGUUCAUAUUUAUCUAUCUAUCUAUCUAUAUUAUUAUAUUAUUUAUCUAUCUAUCUAUCUAUUUAUCUAUCUAGAUAUCUAUUCUAUCUAUCAUAUCUAUCUAUCUAUCUAUCUAUCUAUCUAUCUAUCAUUAUCUAUCUAUCUAUGCAAUCUUUCUAUCUAUAUUAUUAUAUUCAGUAAUUUUCUAUUUAUCUAUCUAUCUAUUUUAUCUAUUCUGUUGGUAUCUAUCUAUCUAUCUAUCUAUUUAUUCUAUCUAGCUGUAUCUAUUUAUUCUAUCUAUUUAUCUAUCAUUCAUAUCAUUCAUCUAAUUAUCUAA